AUCAUCGUGUCUCACGUUCUUGCGUCCGAGAUGGAGCUGUUCGCUGGCUUCCCGGAUCCCGCGCGCCCGCCAUCAGUACUGCACUGGGAGCAUUUCAAGACCGAGGCAAAGAAGAUGCUCCAUCUGACGGACGAGGCGUUUGAGAACUUGCACAUCGGCGCCCUCUUGGACCGCACCGCAGCCGUCGUCCAGUGGGGGCAGGCUAUAACACAGCAACAGGUAUUUAUCCAGAAUACAAGUCAGGCCUGGACAUGCACUCGCACUUAGACAGGCCAACGGUGUGGUCGCUGGAUGUGUGCCUUUUUGCAGCUUUCUGCGUUGAAGCUCAGUGAGGCCCCUUCCCUGGGGAACAUAGCAUAGGUGCGGCCAUUGGCACACGGAGAUUGAGCGAUGGCGUUUCCACCGACAUCUCUCUCUCUCUCUCUCUCUCUGUGUGUGUGUGUGUGCCUAUCUCUCCGCACAGGUUGACCUGACGGGCGGCGCCGCUGCUGCGGCAUCAGGACCGGUUUCGGGGCCUCCGCGAUCCAAGGUGUGUAGAAGCACAUACCCACAGGCCCCCUUUUGUCGCUCUCUCACUGUGGGUGCCUUCCUCGCUCUGCCAGGCGCCUCCUAUUCUAGUGCGCCCACCGCCGCCCAAGCACCCGUGUAAGUGUGCGCACCUGCGACAGCAGCAGGCAGCCACAGAAGAGGGACACUGUCUGUGUGUUGUCUCUUUGUGGUGUCAGUCGAGAUAGAGAAGUACACUCCGUGGAUGCUAGGCCAGCGAGAGUCAUCGCGGGUACGUAUGAGCACGCAGAUGGGGGAGAGCACCUACGCGUCAUCCGCCCCCACACACCACACGUGUCUUGCCUGUUGGUUGCCUUGUCUGUCUUUCUUUCUGUCUAUCAGGCGCCACUCAAGCAGAGACCCGGUGAGGCGGGGCUGGAGACGCUGGAGACGCCCCCUAUGCCCAUCCCUCCGCCUUGACAUGCAGCACCGGGUGUGCCAAGGCCCAAGAUGGCCUUCUACGGUACGUCCAUUCAAACCCGCACUUGAGUCCUCUCAAUGAUUGUGUGUGUAUGUGGGAUGCCUCCAGAGACGUGCCAGCGUUGGCAAGAGGGCCGUCUGCAGGACCCCAUGGCGACCAUGCUGCAGCCGCGACACACGGAAGGGCCGACAGGGAGGCCUGCACACCGCCACGCCGCAAGACUGCCGCGCCCACGCGACGUCAGCCAGCGGCAGGGGCACUUGCUUCUAGCCGAUCGCUGUUUACAUUUUAUAUCAGCGGUCUUCUUCCAUUCCACUGCACCAGCGAUCGAGCUGUAGUACCCAUGCCGAGUAUGCAUUUAUCCGCGCGUCACGUGGCGCGUGUGUGACCUUUUCUCAGACCCUUCUGUCGCCCCACAUACGGUCGCGCGUGUUUGUGCGUGUGUGCGUGUGUGUAUCGACUCGACUCCUGCCCGUGGGGCACUUCAAGUCGAUAUGACUCCGAGGGGCAGAAGUCGAUAUGUCUCCCUCCACAGCCUGUGCAUGACAUCAAUCCACAACCCGCGGAGUCCCAAUCCUCUUUGAUGGUCUCUGCAGGUAGGCACAGACACAUCGGCCUCAUCCCUCCGGUAAGAUAGAAUAUGGGACUGAGGGGUGAGUCGUUGCGGCGAGAGAGGGUUUGGCUGAUGUAAUCUCGUGAUGGUGUACGUGUGUUGGUGGUCGGCAUCAUGAUCAUGCUUGUCUGUGCAUGAGGUGCACCCGUUGUGUCCACUGCGUUGUGCGGCCUGCCUGGCGCUCCUCCCCUUGAUGUGCGUACGUGUACAUGUAUAACACUCUGUGU